AUGUCUGGCGGUUGGAACACAAUUGAAUCAGAUGCGGGUGUCUUCACCUUCCUCCUUGACAACCUCGGGGUCAAAGAUGUGCAAUUCGAGGAGAUGAUCACGCUGGAUGCCGACUAUCUGCGUCAACUUGGUCCAGUUUACGGAGUAAUCUUCCUCUUCAAAUACCCCACAGGCGAGAAAGCCAACGCAGACGGCACGCCGAAGGACGGACAAUACGACUAUGCGGCGGCUGAGAACCUCUUCUUCGCCGCGCAGACCAUACAGAAUGCCUGCGGUACACAAGCGCUCCUCUCAGUUCUUCUAAACAAAACCGCCGAGAUCAAUGUCGGAACACCAUUGAAGGACUUUAAGGAAUUCACGGCGGGGUUUCCAGCGGAGUUCAGAGGGGAGUGUUUGAGCAACAGCGAGUUGAUUCGGGAUGUGCAUAACAGCUUUGCGAAGAGCAGUCCGUUUGUGGAUGAGACACAGAGGACGGCGACGGAUGACGACGAUGUCUACCACUUCAUUGCCUAUACCCCGAUCAACGGUGUUCUCUACGAGUUGGACGGCUUGCAACCUGCGCCUAUUGCACACGGUGCCAGCACAUUCGAUGAGUUCCCAGAGAAGGUCAUCCCGGUUUUGCAGAGACGCAUUGGGCGAUAUCCUGCGCACGAGAUCAGGUUCAAUUUGCUUGCUAUGGUUAGGGACUUGAGGAUUCGCGCGAGAGAGGUUGGUGAUCAGGAGAUGCUAUAUAGGGAGGAGCAGAAGAGGAGUGAUUGGCAGUUUGAGAAUGCGCUGAGAAGACACAAUUUCGUGGGCUUUGCUGGGGAGGUGCUGAAGGGUGUCAUUGCGGACAAGUUGAAGGAAGGACCUAAUGCUUAUACUAAGUGGGUCGAUGAUGCGAAGAAGAAGACCAAGGAGAGGUCGGAGGAUCGCAAGAAGAAAGGCGGUGCAGCAGAUGAGGAUGAGGAUGAGGAGAUGGUGGGUUGA